AUGGAGUCAUAUGAUCUUGGUAUUAGUAUUCGUAUCGCAACUCUUCUUGGUGUUCGUAUUCAACGUGGCAUCGGCGUUAGUGUUGGUGCUCAAUUCAAUACUGAUAUUCAACAUUAUAAAUAUCGGUUUUGGAGUUCAUAUUCACUUCGAUAUUUAAGUACAUCAGAAUGUCCAAGUUUUGUUCUCCAUGUUCAUGUCCGUUUCAGUUUUCAUAGUCCAUGGUAUCCUUAA